GAGGUAGCAUCGCAGCACGUGUAAUUUAACGGACCAUAACACCGAUAGCUCAUACUCACACACAGCAGAAGAAAGCUUUACAAAAAUGGCGACCAUCAAACUUUCACCUCUAGGUCUAGCUUACUCUCUUUCAUCAUCUACACUCAAAGGUCAAUUCCACCAUGGAAAUUGCACCAUCUUCACUCCCAAUUUCAGACACGCUCUUCGAACUCCAAGGGCCCUCUCUGUUUCCAUGUCUUCUGACCCGCUUCAAGUUUGUGUUAAGGAAUCUCUCACCACUCCUAACAAACUUGGCGACUGUCCAUUUUGCCAAAGGGUGCUGUUGACUUUAGAAGAAAAGCAUCUCCCUUAUGAUAUGAAGUUGGUAGACUUAACUAACAAGCCAGAAUGGUUUACCAAGAUUAACCCUGAUGGUAAAGUUCCUGUACUAAAGUACGAUGAAAAAUGGAUUUCAGAUUCAGAUGUUAUCACACAGCUCCUUGAAGAAAAGUACCCAAAUCCACAUUUGGCAACACCUCCUGAGAAGAGUUCAGUAUGUUCUUCAUGCAGUGGCUCAAAGAUCUUUCCUGCAUUUGUUGGUUUCCUCAAAAGCAAGGACCUCACUGAUGGAAAAGAGCAGGAAUUAUUGAAUGAGCUCAGUUCCUUCAAUGAUUACCUGAAGGAAAAUGGCCCUUUGAUCACGGGGGAGAAUAUCUCUGCUGCCGAUCUCUCUCUUGGACCUAAGCUCUACCAUAUGGAAAUUGCUCUGGGACAUUAUAAGAAUUGGUCAGUUCCAGAAUCACUAUCGUAUGUGAAGUCUUACAUGCAGACUAUAUUUUCGAGGGAUUCCUUUGUGAAAACAAUUGCAUCUCGAGAGGACGUCAUUGCUGGGUGGGCUAAGCACAUAAGCUAAUCAUGGUCGAUUUUGUGCAUCAGAGACGAACUCUUUUGUGAUUGGCAUGUUGUCAUAAGAUGUAUGCAAGAUUUUCGCAAUUUGCUUUUUUAUAGAUGUAAUGUAAUUGUCUUUCUUAUAUGUAAACCGUGGUGAACAUUUGUAUAUUUGAAUAUUGAAAAUUUGCCAAAAUAAUGAUUACCCAAAAUUUUUGAGUA